AUGAAUCCCACUCCUCUGCCACGGUGGGCAGUGAGGCGCCUCCUUGCAAAUGCCGCAGCUGUUACAAUCGUUCUUCUCUCGGCUAUUGUAACGCUCAUUCCUUCUGCCAAUGCCGCCGCCAGCUGCAGCGCUUUCCGCGCCACGCAUCCCCUGCCGCCGCCGCAUCCAAUUUUUUCCCCGCUCCGCAAGCCGCCGCAACACCAUCUGGCGGCUCCCGCGGUUCAAACCGGGGCUCUCGCUCAUCGCGCGCUGAUGCGGCGCCUCCCCGUCGCGCCAGCCGCCGGCGCUGCCAGCUCCAAUGCUGUCGGCAGGACGGCAGCCCCCGUCCUGCAACCGUCGCACUUGCGCGUGCUGGUGCAGCUGCAGGAGGCGUGGGGGGGCGCGUGGGCGGGCAACAGCAACGCCACCACGGCGUGCUCUGCGUGGGCUGGCGUCACCUGCAGCCCCGACGGGCUCGUCCUUGCCCUGGACUCCAAGGCCUUUACCAUGGAUCCUCCUCCCACCGGCGCCAUUCCUGCUGCCAUCACUGACCUCACCACCCUUCAAUACCUCGAUCUGACGUACGGCAUCAACCUGGAGGGCCCCAUGCCAUCCCUUGCAUCUCUCACCCGCCUUCUUCACCUCGCCCUGGGAGCAGACGGCUGCUUGCUCACCGGCACUGUGGACCAACUCUCGUGGCUCUCCUCCCUCUCCGCCCUGCACUUAUUGCGGCUGUCUGGGUUGUCGGAAUUCACAGGGGAGCUGACCUCCUUUGCACUGCUCUCCCACCUCCACCACCUCCAACACCUAUCACUCAUUGGUCUCAGCAAUGUGACAGGGGAGAUACCCCGGGAGAUUCGAUACUUGACUGCCCUCACUACACUGGACCUCAUAUUUCUUCGAGCUGUGGACUUCCCAGACUGGGUCACUCAGAUGUCCAAACUCCAGUCACUGCGAGUGAUCAACGACGAGCCAAGGAGGCAGGGAGUGCUGCCAGAAGGCCUUUCAGAGUUGACAGCACUCACUCAACUGUCCCUCUUGGGGAACAACCUGGAAGGCGCCCUGCCCAAAGGCUUCUCCACACUUGCCAACCUGGCUGUCCUGGAUCUGAGCUUGAACCAUCUGCAAGGCACCAUACCCGAAGCAUACUCUGCGUUGUCAGCCCUCGCUGAACUGGACCUCUCAUCAAAUUACCUUUCCGGAUUGGUGCCUCGAAUCUUCAACGGCAACAUCCAGUCUAUAAUGCUCAGCUACAACAGCUUUUCCGGACCCAUUCCGCCGCAUCUCGCACUGCCUAGCUUGGUCUUGCUGGAGUUGUUCAGCAAUCGGUUCACAGGAGGCGUUCCCCACACCUUCACCAGGCUCACCGCCAUUGCAUCCCUGAUCGUGUCCAACAACAGCCUCAGCUCAGGCCUGGACGUGGUGGCUCAGAUGACAUGGCUCACAGACAUAGACCUCCAUACAAACAUCUUCUCCGGUGUGCUACCCGUGUCCUUUGCUGCUAUCAAGGGCCUCACAUCCAUAAGCAUCCAGAACAACCACUUCACAGGAUCCUUCCCCGAGCCACUUCUGAGCAACACAGGCCUCGAAGUUCUGAAUUUGAGCAACAACAGUUUUACCGGGUUCAUCCCCAACCGACUCACAGAGCUUGUCAGCCUGGGAGAUAUUAAUCUGAGUGACAACAUGUUCCGGGGAGUUAUCCCACCUGGCCUCUUCCACCUCCCCUUGCUCAACUCACUGCAAGUGGCCAACAACUUCCUCUCGGGAGGCCUUCCAACGUCUCUCAAGGCUUCCAACUCCCUGAAAACACUUAACCUGGCAGGAAACGGCUUCACAGGUCAUUUACCUGACUUCUCUCUCUGGCAUGUCAACCUCGAACGCCUGGCCCUCAACCACAACAACUUCACAGGGUCCAUUCCUGACUCCAUCUCCACCCUCACCUCUCUCAAUGGCAUCAUCCUCAACAACAACCACCUGAACGGCUCCAUUCCAUCGGCCAUCUUCAGCAUGACGAAUCUAGCUUCCCUCUAUCUGGCCAACAACCGUCUGAGUGGCAGACUGCCCUCUGACAUCAGUCGCCUGGAGAAGCUCGAGCAGCUCUGGCUGGACAACAACAACAUCGAGGGCACUCUGCCACCCGCCAUCUGCUCGCUACCCGAGCUAUGGCGCAUCAUGAUGAGCAACAACUACCUCUAUGGGCCCCUGCCAGACUGCAUCUUCGACAAGUGUGUCAAUCAAAUCGAUGUGAGCGGCAACAGCCUGUACGGGCGCAUCAACCGCAACUUCAGGAGCAUGGUGGCGGAUGGCGAUGCGCUCAUCAACUUGGCUCACAACUUCUUCUUCGGUGAUGCCGUGCUCCUCGCUGCCGGCUGCCAGGUCUGCCCCAUCCACAUCAGCAAGCCCAACAACCUCGUCCUGGGAGACACGGGCGUAGGCGCUGUUGGGAAAUGUGCCACCAGCUUCACUGCCAUACGAGAUUACUCGGUGGCGGGGGCGGGCAAGGGUGCGAGGGUGAGUGUGGCGGGCAACUGCCUGACGCUCAUCCCGGACGCGGAGUGCGCAGCCAACGCCACCCAGCGCAGCACGGCAGCCUGCCAGGCGUUCUGCAGCAUCACGGACAACGGCCCGUGUGACGGCCAUGGGGAGUGUGUGCCGCCUGCCCCCGCCUCCCCCUCCAACUUCACCUGCCUCUGCCACGCCGGCUACUCGCCUCUCGACUCGGGCAACGGCUCCACCUGCGCUGUGGUCAACUCUACCACCACCACUGUGUCCUCGCUCUCCACGGGCGCCAUAGUGGGCAUCGCUGUGGGCUGCUUCGCUGGCUUCGUUCUUUUGGCGGCUGUCCUCACAUGCGUGCUGUGGCCCCGCGGACCAAUUGAGUCCCCCAACCUCGCACUCCUCUUCCACUACUGCAUCCCUGCCUCCAUUCUUCCGCUCCUAUCUCCCCCAUCACUGCGCACUCGCCCCAUACUUCAUCGUGUGUGUGUCGUGUGUAUACAUGCAGGGAAGUGGGAGGGGCUGGAAGUGUGUGAGCAGUACACGCUACACCAGAUGGUGAAGGCCACGGACAACUGGGCCAAGGAGAACGAGGUGGGAAGGGGCGGAUUUGGCGUGGUGUACAAGGGGCACUCGCCACAGGGGCAGCUGUGGGCCAUCAAGCGCUCCACUGUGAUGACCAACAACUUUGAGAGAGAGGUGCGGGCCAUGGCGACACUCAACCAUGUGAAUCUGGUGCGUCUGCUGGGCUUCUGUGUGGAUCAGAAUGUGGAGACGGGCAAUCAGGAGCAGAUCUUGGUUUAUGAGUUCGUCGCUAACAGAGACUUGCAGUACCACAUUUUCAAGACCAAGAACCCUCUUUCGCUGCGGCAGCGACUGCGCCUGGCGCAAGGAGCUGCGGAGGGGCUGGCAUACCUGCAUGGGUUUGAAACGCCCAUCAUUCAUCGCGACAUCAAGCCCGCCAACAUCCUCGUGACGGCCGACUUUCAAGCCAAGGUGGCUGACUUUGGGCUGCUCAAGCGCCUCACUCACUGCGAGGGCGAUGCCACCAGAGUGGCGGGCACUCCUGGCUAUGUGGACCCUGAUUACAACCGCACACGCGUGGUCACCACCAAGAGCGACGUCUUCAGCUUUGGCAUCGUGCUUCUGGAGCUGCUAACUGGCUCGACGCCAAUUCGCUACGAGUCACACAUCAGAGAUUGG